AAAUCACCCCUGCCUGCACCACGCCUACAAGCCUCCGUCUUUUCACUGCCGACAAUUGCAUACAAUGGCGAAUCCAACACAGAUCUUCGCCGAAGACGUGCAAGAAGAGAAGGGUGAAAAUGCCCGUCUCUCUGCCUUUGUCGGCGCCGUUGCUGUGGGUGACCUGGUCAAAUCCACACUAGGCCCCAAAGGCAUGGACAAGAUUCUUCAGAGCGCCUCGACAGGCGAAAUCAUGGUGACAAACGACGGAGCCACUAUCCUCAAAUCUAUCGCACUUGACAAUGCUGCCGCAAAGGUUCUGGUCAACAUUUCCAAAGUCCAAGACGACGAGGUAGGCGACGGUACCACCUCUGUCACUGUCCUUGCCGCCGAACUUCUCCGAGAAGCAGAACAACUUGUAGCACACCAUAUUCACCCACAGACAAUUAUCGACGGCUACCGUCUUGCAUCCCAAGCUGCCCUCUCGGCCCUCGAAAAGGCUGCCGUGGACAAUUCAAAGAACCCAGACGCUUUCCGCCGAGACCUCCAAUCCAUCGCCCGCACAACACUGUCUUCCAAAGUCCUUUCUCAAGAUCGUGAUAAGUUUGCUAGCCUAGCAUGCGACGCCGUACUUCGGCUCAAAGGCUCGACAGAUCUGAACCAUAUUCAGAUUAUUAAAAAGGCCGGAGGCAAGCUCUCAGACAGCUACCUCGACGAGGGUUUCAUUCUGGACAAGAAAAUGGGGGUGAACCAACCUAAACGUCUGGAGAAUGCCAAAAUCCUCGUCGCAAACACGGCCAUGGACACAGACAAGGUCAAGAUCUGGGCCUCGCGGAUGAAGGUCGGAUCCCCCAAGGAACUGGCGGAGCUAGAGAAGGCCGAACGUGACAAGAUGAAGGCCAAGGUCGAACGGAUCAAGGCCCACGGAAUCAACUGCUUCAUCAAUCGGCAGCUCAUCUACAACUGGCCCGAGCAACUCUUCACCGAGGCCGGCAUCAUGUCGAUUGAGCACGCAGACUUUGACGGCGUUGAACGCCUAGCUCUAGUCACAGGAGGCGAGAUCGCAAGCACAUUCGAUCACCCCGAUCAGGUUAAAUUGGGUCACUGCGAUCUGAUCGAGGAAGUCAUCAUUGGCGAAGAUACACUGAUCAAAUUCUCUGGCGUUGCAGCAGGCCAAGCAUGCACGAUUGUACUACGGGGCGCAACUGAGCAACUUCUAGACGAGGCCGAGCGAAGUCUCCACGACGCUCUGGCCGUUUUGUCUCAGACCGUCAGAGAACCCCGCGUUACUCUCGGCGGCGGCUGUGCGGAAAUGGUCAUGGCUAAAGCAGUCGAUGCACUUGCGCAAAAGGUUGGCGGCAAGAAACGUAUUGCCAUUGACUCUUUUGCCACGGCUUUAAGACAACUCCCCACCAUCCUGGCCGACAAUGCCGGUCUGGAUUCAUCUGCACUUGUGUCGGAACUGCGCAGCGAAGUCUACCGCGGCAUGACCAGCAGUGGUCUCGACCUCUUGACGCCGGGUGGAGGCAUUGCAGACAUGCGUGACCUAGGUGUCAUUGAAAGCUACAAAUUGAAGAAAGCUGUCGUGAGCUCGGCGAGUGAAGCCGCCGAGCUGCUACUGAGAGUGGACAACAUCAUUCGAGCGGCGCCAAGGAGGAGAGAGCGCAUGUGAGAAAUUACAUCGUGCGCAAAUUAUCAAUGGUCUUGCUCUCCGCCGACAUACAAACUCCCAUGGCCGCCAAUGUGCAAUCGCCUCACAGUGGUGCCAGCGAAUGUUUGUUUUGCCAAGGCCAAUCAAAUGUGCAGCAGAAUUAUUGCACACAUGGAGCAUGAGGAUGCAUUGGAAACCACUCUUGGCCUUUGCGCUGUGCUCGUACAGGGCAUAGUGGGCGGAACGGCAAGAGCACACACGUGCGGCAUGGUCUGUGUUCUCCUUUCCAACCUGCAAUACGAUGGGGUACCCAGUGAUUUGAGGUGGGUGGAGAUGGUCUCGCUUGAUGGUCGGAGAUCGACAAAGACUUCUGUGCUCGGUACGUGCACUCCAAAUAAAGACGAAAGGAAAAGCACGGCCUCAACAACAUGUCUUGCUGGGUCGGAUUUUAUUUUUGGCAAGGCCAGUCUCGCAAUCUGAGAUUCGACGAUGCGGGCGGGAGAUGACGCCAAGGGACGUAGAAGAAGAAAGUGACACAUGGAGAACAAAACAGCAAAUGGAUGAAAAAGGAACGAGUGGUCUUUGACGACUUUGACGAUGACAACAUAAAAAGUAAGCAUUUUGAUAGAUGUUGGAACGGCAUGAAAUGACCACAUGAAGUCUGUUUGAUCUGUAUGUAGAUUGCAUUGCCUGACACUCCACCACUCUGUGCUCUGUACACCACAAAUC